GCAAUUUUAUUAAAAAAGUAAAUUUUAUGUUGAAAGGAAUUUUUUCUAUUUGGUCACAUUUAAACAUUAAAAACUAAUGGACGAUACGGAGAGUGGAAGCACAACGGCCGUAACAGCGAAAUUGGUUAAAAUAUCUUUGGAAGAUGUGCAAUGCCGACAUCGUCGUGAACGUAAGGAUUUACAGGCAAAAAUUCAAGCCCUUAAGAAAAAUACGCCAAAAACAAACAAGAAAAAACGUAAGGAAGUCAUGGAGGAAGUGGCACGUAUGGAAACGGAGUUAGAUCUGAAGCAAGCGGAUGAAAUUAAAGUAGCAGAAGAAUUGCAAUCAGCCAAAUUAGUGGAAAGUCAAAGUAAUGGAGAAAACUUUGAAGUGUUAGAAAGUGACGAGAAGAUGAAGUGCGAGCCUGCCGUGCGUGUAACGAAAGCGCAAAAGAGACGAGAUAAGAAAGCUCGGGAGGCUCGAUUGAGAGAAGAAGAAAUCCUAGCGGCUUCCGAGGAUACGACAUAUACUCCAAAAACAAUUGAAGCUCGAAAAUUACAAUCGAAAUUAAAGAAACGAGACUUGGUUCUUUACAAUAUACCCUCCGAUGGUGAUUGUUUAUACAACGCAAUACGACACCAGCUUAUGCGGCAUGACUUGGGUACGCCCACGGUGCAGCAGUUACGUUAUGAAACUGCAAAUUACAUAUAUAUAAAUAAGGAUAUGCUUUUACCUUAUAUGACCAACUCAGAAACCGGCGAUUUAAUUACUGAUAAUGAAUUUGAAAAAUAUUGCAACGAUGUACGCAGUACUCCAGCUUGGGGUGGACAAAUUGAGUUGAAAGCUCUCUCUUCCGUUCUGAAAGUUCCAAUUGAAAUCAUCCAGGCCGAUGGUUCGCCCACCAUACAAGGUGACGAGUUCACCGGCGAUCCGUUAGUUAUUACAUAUCACCGCCAUAUGUACAGUUUGGGUGAACAUUACAACUCCACAAUUCCGUUAUCCGCAGCUACAACUGACGGUGAUUACCCAAGUGACGACAAUCAAACGAACCCUGCCGAAAGGUAUUUAAACUAAAGUGAAAGUGAAACAAAA